AUGGGGCUGCGACUGGCCCGCCUAGUGGCCGUCUGCCUGGCCCUGGCCUUGGCUGGAGGCUCUGAGCUCCAGAGAGAGGCCAGACCCCGAAGCCAUGUUCACAGCGUCUGCAGCACCUGGGGUGACUUCCACUACAAGACCUUCGACGGGGACGUCUUCCGCUUCCCCGGCCUCUGUGACUACAACUUCGCCUCCGACUGCCGAGACUCCUACAAGGAAUUUGCCGUGCACCUGAAGCGCAGCCAGGGCCAGGGUGGGGGCCAUCCUCAGGUGGAGUCCAUCCUGCUGACCGUCAAGGAUGACACCAUCUACCUCACCCACCAACUGGUUGUGGUGAAUGGGGCCAUGGUCAGCACCCCACACUACAGCUCUGGGCUGCUCAUCGAGAAGAAUGAGGUCUACACCAAGGUCUACUCCCGCGCUGGUCUCUCCCUCAUGUGGAACCGUGAGGACGCGCUCAUGCUGGAGCUGGACAGCAGAUUCCAGAACCACACCUGCGGCCUCUGCGGGGACUUCAAUGGCCUGCAGUCCUACUUGGAGUUCCUCUCUGAAGGCAUCACAUUCAGUGCCAUUGAGUUUGGGAACAUGCAGAAGAUCAAUAAGCCUGAGGUGGUGUGCGAGGACCCCGAGGAGGUGCCCACACCUGAGUCCUGCUCCAAGCACCGUGCUGAGUGCGAGAGAUUGCUGUCCGCCGCGGCCUUCCAAGACUGCCAGGCCCGGCUGCCGCUGGAGCCGUACGUGCAGGCCUGCAUGCAGGAUCGCUGCCGGUGCCCGCAGGGUGGGGCCUGCGUCUGCAGCACCCUCGCCGAGUUCUCCCGUCAGUGCUCCCACGCUGGCGGCCGGCCGGGGAACUGGAGGUCGGCCUCCUUCUGCCCCAAGAGCUGCCCCGGGAACAUGGUUUACCUGGAGAGCGGCUCACCCUGCGUGGACACCUGCUCACACCUGGAGGUCAGCAGCCUGUGCGAGGAGCACCACAUGGACGGCUGUUUCUGCCCAGAAGGCACUGUGUAUGAUGACCUCACGGGCAGCGGCUGCGUCCCCGUCAGCCAGUGCCACUGCAAGCUGCACGGGCACCUGUAUGUGCCGGGCCAGGAGAUCACCAAUGACUGCGAGCAAUGUGUCUGCAAUGCUGGCCGCUGGGUGUGUAAAGACCUGCCGUGCCCUGGGACCUGCACCCUGGAGGGUGGCUCCCACAUCACCACCUUCGAUGGGAAAAAGUUCACCUUUCAUGGGGACUGCUACUACGUCCUGACCAAGGGAGACCACAACGACUCCUUCACCCUCCUGGGCGAGCUGGCCCCCUGCGGCUCCACGGACAAGCAGACCUGCCUGAAGACAGUGGCCCUGCUGAUAGACAGGAAGAAGAACGUGGUGGCCUUCAAGUCGGACGGCAGCGUGCUACUCAACGAGCUGGCAGUGACCCUGCCCCACGUGGCUGCCAGCUUCUCCAUCUUCCAACCCUCCUCCUACCACAUCGUGGUGAACACGGCCCUCGGGCUGCGGCUGCAGGUGCAGCUGGUGCCCGUCAUGCAGCUCUUCGUGACGCUGGACCAGGCUGCCCAGGGGCAGGUGCAGGGGCUCUGCGGGGACUUCAAUGGCCUGGAAAGUGACGACUUCAGGACAGCGGGUGGCCUGGUGGAGGCCACGGGGUCCAGCUUCGCCAACAGCUGGAAGGCCCAGGCCAGCUGCCACGACAAGCUGGACUGGCUGGACGACCCCUGUUCCCUCAACAUCGAGACCAACUAUGCGGAGCACUGGUGCUCCCUCCUGAAGAAGACAGAGACCCCCUUCGGCAGGUGCCACCUGGCCGUGGACCCCACUGAGUAUUACAAGAGAUGCAAGUAUGACACCUGCAACUGUCAGAACAACGAGGACUGCCUGUGCGCAGCGCUGUCCUCCUACGCGCGGGCCUGCGCCACCAAGGGCGUCAUGCUGUGGGGCUGGCGGGAGCGCGUCUGCAACAAGGACGUGGGCUCCUGCCCCAAAUCUCAGAUCUUCCUGUACAACCUGACCACCUGCCAGCAGACCUGCCGCUCGCUCUCUGAGGGGGAAACCCACUGUCUCAAAGGCUUCACGCCCGUGGACGGCUGUGGCUGCCCUGACCACACCUUCCUGGAUGAGAAGGGCCGCUGUGUGCCCCUGGCCAAGUGCUCCUGCUACCACCGAGGCCUCUACCUGGAGGCGGGGGAUGUGGUCUUGAGGCAGGAGGAGCGCUGUGUCUGCCGAAAUGGGAGGCUGCACUGUACGCAGGUCAAGCUGAUCGGCCAGAGCUGCGCGGCCCCAAAGAUCCUUGUCGACUGCAACAACCUGACUGCCCUGGCCCCCCGAGAGCCCCGCCCCACCAGCUGCCAGACGCUGGUCGCUGGCUAUUACCAUACGGACUGUGUCAGUGGCUGCGUGUGCCCUGAGGGGCUCCUGGAUGAUGGCCGGGGUGGCUGUGUGGUGGAGGAGGAGUGCCCGUGUGUCCACAACAAGGACCUGUACUCCCCUGGGGACAAGAUCAAGCUAGACUGCAACAACACCUGCACCUGCCAGAGAGGACGCUGGCAAUGUACCCAGUUCCUGUGCCACGGCACCUGUUCCAUUUACGGGAGCGGCCACUACAUCACCUUUGAUGGGAAGCACUAUGACUUUGAUGGACACUGCUCCUACGUGGCUGUCCAGGACUACUGCGGCCAGAACUCCUCAACAGGCUCCUUCAGCAUCAUCACUGAGAAUGUCCCCUGUGGCACCACUGGUGUCACCUGCUCCAAGGCCAUCAAGAUCUUCAUAGGGAGGACGGAGCUGAAGCUGGAGGACAAGCRCAGGGAAGUGGUCCAGCUUGAGGAGGGCCACCACGUGGCCUACACCACGCGGGAAGUGGGCCAGUACCUGGUGGUUGAGGCGAGCACCGGCAUCAUCGUCAUCUGGGACAAGAAGACCACCAUCUUCAUCAAGCUGGCUCCGACCUACAAGGGCACUGUGUGCGGCCUCUGCGGGAACUUUGAUGACCGCACUAGCAACGACUUCACCACGCGGGACCACAUGGUGGUGAGCAGCGAGCUAGACUUCGGGAACAGCUGGAAGGAGGCCUCCACCUGCCCAGACGUGAGCACCGUCCCGGACCCCUGCAGCCUGAACCCGCACCGCCGCUCCUGGGCGGAGAAGCAGUGCAGCAUCAUCAAGAGCAGCGUGUUCAGCGUGUGCCACAGCAAGGUGGACCCCACGGUCUUCUACGAGGCCUGCGUGCAGGACUCCUGUUCCUGCGACACCGGGGGCGACUGCGAGUGCUUCUGCUCUGCCGUGGCCUCCUACGCCCAGGAGUGCACCAAGGCGGAGGCCUGUGUGUUCUGGAGGACACCRGAUCUGUGCCCCAUAUUCUGUGACUACUACAACCCCCCGGAYGAGUGUGAGUGGCACUAUGAGCCGUGUGGGAACCGCAGCUUUGAAACCUGCAGGACCAUCAACGGCAUCCACUCCAACAUCUCUGUGUCCUACCUGGAGGGUUGCUACCCCCGAUGCCCCACGGACAGGCCCAUCUACAAUGAGGACCUGAAGAAGUGUGUCACUGGGGACCAGUGUGGCUGCUAUGUUGGGGACACCCACUACCCCCCUGGAGCGCAGGUUCCCACGAAGGACAUCUGCACAUCUUGUGUGUGCACUAACUCCUCACAUGUGGUCUGCCACCCGGACGAAGGGAAGAUUCUCAACCAGACUCAGGACGGUGUCUUCUGCUACUGGGAGUUCUGUGGCCCCAAUGGGACAGUGGAGAGGCACUUCAACAUCUGUGUCACCACCACGGCACCCCCGUCCACGCCGACUUCCUCCACCACCUCUGUCCCCACCACCACCUCCUCUGUCCCCACCACCACCACCACCACCACCCCCUUCACCAGCUCAGAGCCCUGCUGCUUCUGGACUCACUGGAUCAACGAGGACCACCCAACCAGCGGCAGCGAUGGUGGUGACCGAGAGACCUUUGACAGUGUCUGCAAGGCUCCAGAGGACAUCCAGUGCAGGUCGGCCACGGAGCCGCACAUCUCCUGGGAAGACCUGGGCCAGAACGUACAGUGCAACCUCUCCUUUGGGUUUAUCUGCAAAAACGAAGACCAGUUCAAGACCGGACCAUUCGAACUCUGCUAUGACUAUGAGAUACGGGUGAAUUGUUGUGUUCCUUGGUGGGAAUGCCCCACCUCGCACACGCCCAUGACCACGCCCACACCCACACCCACGACCACGCCCACACCCACGCCCAAGCCCACACCCACGCCCACGCCCACGACCACAACCACCCUGGCCACGACCACCCCGAUCRAGACUCCCAGCACCCCGUGGGAGACGGGCACUUCGACCACCUGCUGCGUGUUGAACGACACGUACUACAUCCCAGGUGACGUGGUGUACAACAACACCAUUCGGGACACCUGCUACUACGUGAACUGCUCCGUUGACUGURAGUUGCAGUACUUCAACUGGUCCUGCCCGUCCACGCCUACCCCAACGCCCACUUCCUCGGUGCCCACUCCGUCCUCGGUGGCCACGCCCUUGACACCCUCAACACCCAAGCCCUCCAYGCCGGCGACCACAUCCUCCAAGCCGACACCCGGCACCACCAAGCCCACCGGGUGCCUAGAUUUCRAUCCUCCGAGACAGGAGAACGAGACCUGGUGGCUGUGUAACUGCACCAUGGCCAUCUGCAAGCACGACAACGUGGUGGAGAUCGUGGAGAAGGAGUGCCAGCCGCCGCCCAUGCCCACCUGCUCCAAUGGCCUCAAGCCCGUGCGCGUCAUGGACCCCGACGGCUGCUGCUGGCACUGGGAGUGUGACUGCUACUGCACGGGCUGGGGGGACCCGCACUACGUCACCUUCGACGGCCUGUACUACAGCUACCAGGGCAACUGCACCUACGUGCUGGUGGAGGAGGUGACCCCGCAGGUGGACAACUUCGGGGUCUACAUCGACAACUACCACUGUGACGUCAACGACCAGGUGUCCUGCCCCCGCACACUCAUCGUGCGCCACGAGACCCAGGAGGUGCUGAUGCAGACCACGCAGAUGAUGCCCCUCAAAGUGCAGGUGCAGGUCAACAAGCAGGCGGUGGCCCUGCCCUACAAGAAGUACGGGCUGCAGGUCUACGAGUCAGGCAUCAGCUUCGUGGUGGACAUCCCCGAGCUGGGCGCUCUCAUCUCCUACAAUGGGCUGUCCUUCUCCAUCAGGCUGCCCUACCGCCUGUUUGGCAACAACACCAAGGGCCAGUGUGGCACCUGCACCAACAGCACUGCRGACGACUGUGUGCUGCCAAGUGGAGAGAUCACCUCCAACUGCGAGGCCGCAGCUGACCAGUGGGUGGUGAAUGACCCCUCCAAGCCACACUGUCCYCACGGCAGCUUCACCACCAGGCGCCCGGCCCUCACAACGCCAGGGGGCAGCCACUCCACACUGCCCGAGAACUGCACCCCGUCUCCCCUCUGCCAGCUCAUCAAGGACAGGCUGAGCCUGCCGGGGGCAGCCGGGGUGGAGGCGUGGGACAGGCGGCUGUGGUCACCUGGCCUCCAAGCUGACCAGAGCGUGACCACGCCCCCCCCAGCCAGGCACCCACCAGCUGUGACGUGCCCAUCUCACAGGGAGUACCGGGCCUGUGGCCCCCCACAGGAGCCCACCUGCCAGUCCAGCUCCUCCCCACAGAACUCCAGCAGCCUGGUGGAGGGCUGCUACUGCCCCGAAGGCACCAUGAGCUAYGCCCCGGGCUUCGAUGUCUGCGUGAAGACCUGCGGCUGUGUGGGGCCCGACAACGUGCCCAGAGAGUUUGGGGAGCGGUUCGUGUUCGACUGCAAGGACUGCGUGUGUCUGGAGGGUGGCAGUGGCAUCGUGUGCCAGCCCAAGCAAUGCAGCCAGAGGACUCCGGUCAAGUGUGAGGAGGACGGCACCUACCUCGUCACCGAGGUCGACCCUGCCGACACCUGCUGCAGCAUCUCCCUGUGCAAGUGUAACACCAGCCUGUGCAGAGAGGAGCCCCCCUCGUGCCCGCUGGGCUUCCAGGUGAAGAGCCGGAUGGUGCCCGGAAGGUGCUGCCCUGUCUACUCCUGUGUGCCCAAGGGUGUGUGUGUGCACCAGAACGCAGAGUACCAGCCUGGCUCCCCAGUGUACUCCUCCAAGUGUCAGGACUGCGUGUGUACCCACGCCGUGGACAACAGCACCCAGCUCAAUGUCAUCACCUGCACCCAUGUGCCCUGCAACGUCUCCUGUGACCCUGGCUUUGAACUUGUGGAGGCCCCUGGCCAGUGCUGCAAGAAGUGUGAGCAGACCCACUGCAUCAUCAACAGGCCCAAAAGCCAGUACCUCAUCCUGAAGCCCGGGGACAUUCAGAGCAACCCCAACAACAAGUGCAUGUUCUACAGCUGCAUGAAGGUCCACAACCAGCUCAUCUCAUCCGUCUCCAACAUCUCCUGCCCUGACUUUGACCCCAGCCGCUGUGUCCCAGGCUCUAUCACACUGAUGCCCAAUGGAUGCUGCCAGAGAUGCAUCCCUCUCAACGAGACCAGGGUCCCCUGCGCCACCAUCCCGGUAAUCAGGGAGAUCUCAAGGGCCGGCUGCACCAAGAAUGUCACCAUGAACUACUGCUCCGGGUCCUGUGGGACUUUCGCCAUGUACUCGGCGCAGGCCCAGGCCCUGGACCACAGGUGCUCUUGCUGCAAGGAGGAGAGGACCAGCGAGCGCGAGGUGGUGCUGGACUGCCCCAACGGGGGCACGCUGGCUCACACCUACACGCACAUCGAGAGCUGCCUGUGCCAGGACUCCGUGUGCGGGCUCCCGCUGGCGCAGCAGAGCCGCGUCCGCCGCUCCAGCCCCCGGCUCCUAGGGAGGGCGUGA